AUAUUGCUGCGGAAGCUUCGAAUUUACGGUAUGGAUCAAUUAAGUCUCGAAUGGUUUCAGUCUUAUUUGACCGGUCGAUCUCAGAAAUGUAAAGUUAGAGGUUGCUUGUCAUCAUCUGCAUCAGUUACACGUGGUGUACCACAGGGAAGUAACUUAGGACCAUUACUCUUCCUUGUGUAUAUUAACGACCUUCCUAAUUGUCUCAGUGCAGCAGUACCGAGAAUGUUUGCUGAUGAUACGAACAUUAGUUAUGCGGCCAACACUAUCGCCGAACUAGAAAGUUAUUAAUUCGGAAUUAAAAAAAUUGAAAAGCUGGUUGGAAGCGAACAUAUUAAGCCUUAAUAUCGCCAAGACAGAAUUUAUGAUAAUAGGAUCUCGACAACGUAUGCAUGCGCACACUAACGAAAAUAUCAAUAUUGACCUGGAUGGUCAUGUGAUUAAACAAGUUGAUGAGGCAAAAUCACUAGGUGUAAUUAUUGAUAAAAAUCUGUCUUGGUCUAAACACAUUGAUAUGAAGUGUAAAAAGAUUUCUUCCGCUAUAGGUGCUCUUAAGCGAAUAAACCAUUUAUAUCAACUGAAACAGCAAUCCAAAUUUACAACGCUAUAAUUCAACCUCACUUUGAUUACUGUAGUCCCAUUUGGGACGAAUUUGGCGCAACAUUAUGUGAAAAAAUGCAAAAAUUGCAGAAUAGAGCUGCUAGAGUGAUUACGACAUCCAACUACGAUGUCAGCUCUAGCAUUCUCUUAGAGAAACUGCAUUGGGACAAUCUUUCCUUACGUAAGAAAAAGCACAAGUCUAUACUAAUGUUUAAAAGCAUCAAUAAGCUAACGCCAGAGUAUUUACAAAACAUGUUUACAUUUCGCAGCACAGAUUAUAACUUAAGAAAUGCAGAAAUGAAGCUAAAUUUACCAAAACCACGUACGGACUUUAUGAAGCGUAGUUUCUGCUACAGUAGAGCAAGUUUAUGGAAUGCGCUUCCUCAAACUGCACGUACGUCCAAAUCAUUGAGGCAUUUCAAAAAUGAAAUUAAUCAAUUCUUGACAUUAUAAUGGGAUCCCCACACGGCAAUCUUGGAAAACAGUGCAUUUUAGUUAGGAAAUUAGUGUGUAUAUAGUAAUGUCUGAAAUUUAUUAAUAGUUUUUGUAUUUUAUUCUACACUGAAGAUUUUACCGUGUUUAAAUAAAUGUUCAAUGUUCAAUGUUCAAUGUUCAAUGUUUUAUUUCUUUUUCUAUGUUUUUGUUAUUCCUGUAUCUUUUUGAAGGUUUUUCUCGGCUAUUUUGCACGCUUUUGCCCAAAACUUGUCGAGCUAAAACAAAUUCGACGAGUUUCAAGCCAUGUAGGCAGCCAAUCUCGUUCCCCGAGCCUGCGAUCCUUGGGAAGGAAACGAAGGCUCUGGGAUAAUCCAUGUCAGAAAUGAAUAUGAUUGGUUGCUGAUAUACAAUGGAAUGUUGCAAUUUUGCAAAAAUUAAUUUUUAACCGUAUAUUUUUACAUACAACAUGGCGGCCGUUUAGGAGUGUACGAAUAUUGUUUUGGUUUUUCAGAGCUGUGCUAUAUACUAAUACUACAAAGGAAAUGCAAAGAAACGUAUACUUAAUGCGUAUAAUAUCAUAACAGUUAAAUGGAGCGGGAAAACAUUACUCAUAUUUGUGUUGUACAGGUUUUCUGUAGUUUUAAUCUAUAGAUAGUAUACAGUACUGUCAGUACACUGUGCUAUUAACUAUUUGACUAUAAUAUCAAAUAUGUGCUAUAUUUUGCAAAUACUAUUUGUGUCAGAAGUGGUUAAUAACUUUUAUUAAUUUGUCUUUGUGUUAUUUAAUUGCGAAGAACUAGCUAAUGACUAGUUUCAAUAAAUCCAAUCUUGGAAUUUACUGUUAUAUAUUUUAUUAUUUAAUGUAUAUAUAUUGUACUGUAAACUUUUCAAGUGCAGGGGUAUGUAAUACUCAUUUUAACUUGUAGCAUAUAACCCUUACAUAUAUGGGUGCAUAUGAAUCUUUUGCUGUUAUAAUUUAUUUUAUAGAAGAGUUCAAAAAACCUUUAUUCUCUAAAUCAACCACAAUUUCACAGGCAGUGAUAUGAAUUUGUAUUCCAGUCUGCAUACACCUAAUACAUAUAAUGAAUUCUUGGGUUUCACCCAGUAUGGCAUUUUGCACGUUCUGACAGGGGAUCAACCUAAAAUGUAUUGAUGCUUAUGCUGUACUGGAGUGAGCAAAUGAUAUGAAAUUGCAUGUAUUUGCCACCAAACACAAGGCCAACACAUACAGUGAAAAAUUAAUUCACUCUGAUGACUGUGUCUCCAUUUAGAGUUGACCCCCCAUCAAAUCCUUGGAGAACAAUGAGAGUAAGACUGCCUCGCCGCCAACACAACCUCCAUUGAAUCAAUUAAACAAUGUCGAAAUAUCGAUGAUAAAACCCUUGGCCUUGGAUGAAAAUACAAAUCAAUCACGCGUUAAUUUGCAAAGCAAUCAAGAUCAAAACGAGUGGUUGAACCCCGCUCUUGAUCCCCCAGAACUAAAUAAGACAGACAAAAUUUCCCACAGAAACAAAUGUGAAAUUAAGGAAGCGACUAACAUUCAAUACAAUGAUCAAGGCAAAGCUAUUCGAGAUGCCGAUUGCUCUCCUGAACAAAGUGUCACACGCAGAAUUAAACCUAAACCUAACACCAAAUACAAAGGCCAUAAAACAUCAUUGAAUACAAUUAAUAGUCUAAAACAAAUGUCAAACGGCACAACGGACAUCGCACACUGCGACACGAAUAACAGGAUAGAACAUAGCGAUCAGGAUCAAAGCGAAAAGAAAUAUAAACAAAUUCUACCUAGCAAACAACCACACGAAUGGUUGAAAUGGCUACCUUUGCUUGAACCCCUAGAACCAAAUGAGACAGACGAAGUUUCUUACAGAAAUAAAUCUGAAAUUAAGGAAGCGACUAAUGCUCAAUUCAACGAUCCAGACGAAACUAAUUGGCAUGUUGAGUGCUCUGAACCACCAAAUUCCAUCCAGUCUCUCUCUCUCUCUAGAACAAAUACAAAUAAUUACCUGCGGCCAAAACUGAUAAAUUUUCGGCAACAUCGUUCGAACCGUCGCCCUCCGGACUGGCUCAAACAUUUGGACCUAGUCAACCAAAUAACCAGAACCAGUACGUAAUACCUGACUUGGCAUAUACAUCUUUUGGUCCAAUUUCUAAUCGUUUGAAUAAUGAGUCUGAAACCAUCCCGGUUAGAAUAACCAACCGUCGACUAGUACAGAGGUCUACUAACCAAAAACUCAGUCGCAACUUAAUACUUAUUCCAAUAAGGAAAAACAAUAUAUGUGAAUCAUCAAUUGCCUACUCAGUUCCAUCUAUACUUAACCAACGCAUGUCAUGUAACGAACAAACUGAAUUCUCUGGAAUUGCUGCAGUCAAUAACCCCUCCUUGAUCAUAAUUACAGAGUCUUGGCUGAAUUCAAACAUCCCGGAUGCUGCUGUGGAAAUAAGCAAUAAAUUCAAUGCACAUCGUCGUGAUCGUUUCACGCCUGGUGGUGGUGUCUUAGCCUACGUAAAUAACAAAAUACCAACUACCCGCCUAAGAAAUCUUGAAGAGGAUGGGAAAGAAGUUCUAUGGCUCUUACUUAAACCGCCCAGAACCCCCAGGCCCUAUAGUGCGAUAAUAGUUAUUGGUGUGUACUACCCACCUGGACAGACAACUGAAGAUGAAAGAGCAAUGUACGAGUAUGUUACUAACAGACUUGACAACAUUUUGCAGGACCACCCUUCAGCUGGCGUAAUUAUCGCCGGAGAUUUCCACAAAAUGAGACUAAACCCACUAUGUAGACGUUUCAACCUUAAAAAACCGUACGGGCUCCUACAAGAGGUAGAAAUACUCUAGACAAAAUCCUUACCAAUAUGCCAGAGCUAUACAAUGAUGUUCAACAUCUGCCACCGAUCGGCCGUUCCGACCACCAGACGAACUGGAGAGUAUCCAGACUAGAAGCCUGAAAAUUAUUGGGCUACCUUCUGAUUCUCUUCAGUUUCUAGAGCAACGUCGAGAUAAUCUUGCCAUUCGUGAGUACAAGAAAAUCAUUAAUGAUGAACGCACCCAUGCAGGAAAUAUAUACCUGACAUAGUGACGAACACGUAUGACUUAAGAACACCAAAAACUCUUCCACAAUUUCUCUCAUACACUAAAAGGCAUGAACUAUCGUUUAUUCCGAGAACAAACUCGCUAUUAUAGACAAUAUUUUUAUAACUACUCCUAAAAUUUUUAUCUGUAUAUAUAACUCCUAGACUACUACUUAGACUUUACUAACUGUAAAUCCAUUGUAUUUUUACACUAAAGAUGGAUCAAUAAAACUAAAAUAUAAAACUAAAAAAAAAAUUAAAAAAAAAAUUUAUGACGUCAUAUGAAACACAAUAAUAUAUUUAAUGAUUUUAAUUUAUUGAGUAGUAUAAUAUGCCAAAUUGGCAAUCCCUUCGUUAAUCUUGUCCACACAGUAAUUCAAAGAAGCCCUGCCCUCUGUACGAGGUUAUAUUAAUUGGAUUCUGUCCAAGAAAACGUCAUAAACCUUUUGAUCCAAAUGUUACAAAGUAUGAAUUCCAGAUUGGGAGACCAUAUAAAUAUUUUUAAUAAAUUCAUAUACUUUUUUUAAGAAAUGUUCUAUUCACAAAAAUAUUAAAUGAUGGUGAUCAGCCAUCAAUACAGGCACAGAUUUUCUGGGUGGUGUGCACUCCCCCAGAAAUGAUUUGCAAUCCCCCCCCCCGCCCCCAAAGGCAUUUGGCACCCCCGCAAAUUACAUAUAUUUUGAUUUGAUAGUUUCAUAUCUGAUUAUUCUUACUACUAAAUUUGUAAAAUUACCAAUAUUAUGGCCUCAGAUCUCGCCAUGCAGGCCUAGAAAACAAAUUUUGUUAAACUUUUUCCUUGGCCUUUCAGGGCGUUGCCACCACGCCCCAGCCAAAGCAAGUAGCAGCACCCCCCUCCAGAUAUUUAUCCACCCCCCAAACGAAAAUAUGAAAAUCCGUCUCUGCACCAAUACCAGAAAUUCAUUUUCAUCAGCUUCCCCCUGGCUGAUUAUGACCGCCUGCAGGGAACCACCUAGGCUGCAGGUAUAAUUUUGUGAUGAAUGAUAAAAAAUUGCCCAAUAUAAAUGCCGAGCCAUAGAAAUAUUUUUAUUACCAUGGUCAUGACAACAACCCUGUCAGUUUGAUUGCAAUAUCAAAAUUUGUUAUUUACACUAUAAAACAACACAUACCUACAUAUAUUUCAGUUUUUUUCCUUCCUAUCCAAUUCAAAUCAUGCUGGCCACAAAAACAAUUCCCCGAUUGCGAUACAAUAAAUUUCCAAAUGCUGACAAUUUGGGCUAGGAUGCCCCUGAAUGCUACAAUGAUAGCAACCUCUAUUGCUAUUAUAUCUCCAACCUUGAAUGUCCUAUUUAGUACAGUAGUUAAUUAAUUAAUGGCAGUAAUCAAACAUGAAGUCAAGUACAUUUCGGGCCAUUGAUGAGAAAUAUUGUCCAGAAGUACAGUGAAAUAACAAAAUAGGGUGCACUAAAGAGCAUUGUGGCUUAAUGAUCUAAUGAGAUAAUUAACCAAAGGUAGGUACACAUGCAGAUGGACUGGUUAACCCAUUCAAAUACCAAGUCCAAUACUCUCCCCUUGACGAGAAAAAAUUCUGGCGUUAAACAGCUUAAAAUAACAAAGUAGGGCAAACUGAGGCACAUUGCAGCUUAACUUACUCCAACUCUGUCAUUACAAACUGUAAAUCUUUAAUAGUAAUUCCUAUCCAGACACAAAAUUUGGUUAUAAUUCAAUAAUUUGAAAAGUGCUGUUGCAUCCCUAACCUACUAAACUGCUGGCAAAUAUUAAAACAUAUAAGGAAAGCUAUAAGGGCAGUUCAAAAAAUAUAACAAGGAUUUGGUUUAUAAACUGUCAAUUUCUAGGGAUGAUAACACAAUAUAAACAUGGAAUUCACUAUAUUCAUAUUUUUAAUGAUAUGUAAAAAUUCGAAAUUCUAAAUUCCUUUUAAUAUUCCUCUGAUAUACAAAUCUUCUGAAAACUCAAUAUUAUCAAGGUUUAUAACCGACUUAACAUUAGAAUUGAGACUCUUUUCAGGUAUACUUUUUUAAUACUACAGGGUGUAUAAAAAAAACUGAACAGAUUUGAAAUUGCUCUCAAUUUCGCAAAACAUCUAUUUGUAUCCGGUUUUUUAUAUAUAUAGCUUCUUUGGGUACUUAUAAUGUAAAAUAAUGGAAAAAAAUUUCUCGAACUCAAAUUUUGUGAACCAGGGGAGGUGCCUUUUCCAACUAACUAAAAAUGGCUCGCGCACAAAAUGUAAAAGCUGUAAUCAUAUUUUGAGUUAAUAGAUGGAAAAUCUGUCGGAUUUUUAAUUACUGUUCAAAAUUUCAGACAAUUUGGUUUAGUUUACGCCCUUUAACUAUUCAUUUUGUUCUAAAAAGUCAGCCUUUCGCAUGCUUAAUUAAUGCCUUUACCUAAUUUGCAUAUUGCUGACAUAUGCAAAUUAGCAUUAAUUAAGCAUGCAAAUAGCUGAUUUUUAGGAAAAACGUAACUUUGCGUGAAUAGUUAAGGAGCUUAAACUAAACCAAAUUGUCUGAAAUUUUGUACAGUAAUUAAAAACCCGACAAAUUUUCCAUCUGUUAACUCAAAAUAUGAUUGCAGCUUUUAAAUAUUGUGCGCGAGCCAUUUUUAGUUUGUUGGAAAAGACACCCCCCCCCCCUGGUUCACAAAAUUUGAGUUCGAGAAAUUUUUCUCAUUAUCUACAUUAUAAGUACCCAAAGAGGCUAUAUAUAUAAAAAAACGGUUACAAAUAGCUGUUUUGCGAAAUUGAGAGCAAUUUUAAAUCUGUUCAGGUUUUUUUUAUACACCCUGUAUAGUCUACAGUAGCAAUUUAAUAACACACAGUCAUUGUAAUUGUUUUUGUUCUUAAAUUGCCCUUUCCACGCGCUCUUUCAACCAUUAGAGACAUAAUAGCGUUAAACGGCUAAAUUAUGCUGGACGAACCACAAAUGUCUCUACAUUUAAAGCUUUUUCAAACUGACACAGAGGUGAAUGGACAAGAUUACAAUUAAUUGUGACAUUUUUCUUCGACAACAACACUCUUCGCGGCUCCUGCCGGCUCUAUACUGACCCUGUUUCACACGCAAUAUUUUCCUUAUCCAGUCGCUAACACACCUUUUGUACCCCACUAUGAAGAACAUCAACAUUUCCACCAAAACCCGGAAAAAAUAGUCAUUUUAUAGACGAAACAAUAAAAUAUUUCAAACAAUUUGUUUUGCUUUUGCCAACGCAUGCGCAGUUCGGUCGACAUACAGUUUUCUGUAUGUCUGAUUCCGAUUAUCCCAGAGCCUUCGUUUCCUUCCCAAGGAUCGCAGGCUCGGGGAACGAGACGGGUAGGCAGCCCAAAAAUGCACGUAAAUUUAUAUUAAGCUCGCCCAAUUCCUCUGUCAUUUGUCGCGCGCCGCAAGCACUCAAUCAUAGAUUAAGUAUGAACAGAUGUGUAACUUCAGUAAAAAUGUUGUCCCAUGGUCGCCAUCUUCCUAGCAUGCAAGUGUCGCUUGUGUGAUUAUUCGUCAUUUGGCCGAUAUGUCAUUGCUUUCAAAAAUGCUUUCAACACCUUUUCUACAUCUUUAACUGCUUUCAACAACUUUAGACAUUCAACAAAUGAUGCUUUUGAUUGUUUAAUCCAUAAAGGCAGCUGUUGUGAGCUUUGGACCGCUAGUUUUUUCGAUAUUUAUAUUGUUAAAUUACCGUCCUACGGUUUUUGACCGACAUGAAGAGUUUCCUAAGGUUAUGGUACAGACCAUAUGGGAAAACAAAAUCUCUCCAUCACUGUUGAGCGAUGUAUGUGGGCAAACAGUUAUUAUCGGACUUGGCUGACUUGGAAAAGUCUCCCUGUUGAAGCAUGGAUCUCGAAAGACUCGCAUGAGCCUCUCCAGAUGGUCAAAACAUGGCCAAACUACACUACUGGUGGCCGGACAUGAUCCUCCUAUUGACAUUACCAUGUAUCUGGACAUAUCUAUUAAUCCUGGCCCACAAUUGUCGAAUACGAUCGAAAUUAUAAUCACAAACAGAACAGAAUCUACGCCAAGAAAUCGAUUUCGCCAUUAUUCAAAUUUAGUGCAAAUUCCUCUGGCUGCACCGGCUAUUGUUAUAAACAAUACAGCGCGACUAAUUAAGUGUUGCGUAUUGAACGCUCAAUCACUUAGAAACAAAGGUCCUGAAUUUGUUGACUAUAUUUGUGAUUCGGAAAUCGAUAUUGCCGUUAUUACUGAAACUUGGCUGAAAUCUGCUGAUGCUGCUUGUUUAACCAUCCUCGCCCACAUAGAAUUGGUGGUGGCACUGGCAUCUUAGCGCGGGACUCACUUGUAAUUAAACAAGCAAGAGCGGGUAUAUUCAACUCUUUUGAGUAUUCAGAGUAUAUUAUUGUUUCUGGCUCAUCUCGCGUACGCCUUGUUGUAAUCUAUAGGCCUCCUUACUCGUUCAAUCACCCGGCUACUGUGAAUAUGUUUAUCACUGAAUUCGCUGACUUUCUGGAAUCUGUUGUCAUGACGAUCGAGCCGCUUCUGAUAGCCGGUGAUUUUAAUAUCCAUGUCAACAAGCAGUUGGAUAACGAUUGUGGUAGUUUUCUCGAUCUCCUUUCAUCAAUGGGCUUACAGCAACACAUUAAUUUCCCCACGCAUACUUCUGGUAACACUUUAGAUCUGCUGGUAACCCGAACUUUGGAUUCUGAUAUCUUAAAGGAAAUCCAACCUGAUAUCUAUUUUUCUGACCAUUGUUCCAUAUUAUUCUCCAUAAACAUCUCCAAACCGCGACUGUCAAGGAAGAAGGUAACUUUUAGGAAAACGAAAGCUAUUAAUACAACCACAUUCGUGGCGGAUCUGUCUGCUACUAAAUUGUGUCAGCACCCUCCAUCUGAGCUAGACAAGCUAGUAGAUUGCUAUAAUACCACACUAGCAGAUUUAUUGGAUAACCAUGCUCCUCUCAAAACCAAGACUGUUACGAUUAGACCUCAAGUGCCUUGGUAUUCGGAGGAAGUUCGUGUAGCGAAGAGAGAGCGUCGACGAGCUGAAAGGAAAUGGAGGAACUCAUUUGCUAAGAGUAGCUAAAUCGGAAUUUCUCACUGACUUCAUUGAUCAGAAUGCGGACAAUCAAGGUAAAUUAUUUCGAGCUGUGAAAGACCUUUUGGUUGAGAAAAACACGCUAUGUUUCUCUGACUACACGGAUACGACAGCACUGGUAAACGAGUUAGGGAUAUAUUUUGUGCAGAAAGUUAUUCGGAUUCGAGAUGAGCUCGAUUUGUGUAUCGCGACUACGAACGAUGUCCCGGAUUAUAGUGGCACUAUACCUGACCCACCGGAUCCAUCUGUUUUGAAUCAUUUGCGUUGCUGACGGAGGACGAUGUGCGCAUGCUCAUUGCCAACUCUAAAUCCACAUCCUGCUGUCUUGAUCCUGUCCCCACGCCUCUACUAAAAUCAUGUAUCGAGUCUCUUAUACCAGUGAUCACUAAAAUAAUUAACACCUCAUUGGAAUCAGGAGUUUUCCCUGAGGACUGGAAAGUGGCCGUAGUCAAACCAUUGUUAAAGAAACUGGGCCUUGACCCGCUGUUUAUGAACUUGCGUCCUGUUAGUAAUUUAGCUUAUAUCUCUAAGCUCAUUGAGCGUGCUGUAUUUAAUCAGAUUUAUGACCACUUGGUUCAGUCAGGUCUUUAUCCUCUACUACAAUCAGCUUAUCGUCAGUACCAUAGCACAGAGACAGCGCUACUCAAGGUUGCUAACGAUAUUCUUAUGAAUAUGAACUCGCAACGCGUUACGUUACUUGUCCUUUUGGAUUUAAGUGCUGCGUUCGAUACAGUGGAUCAUGAGAUUUUACUGUCACGCUUGUCUUCGAGUUUUGGUAUUCGGGGAAAGGCUCUAGAGUGGUUUUCUUCAUAUUUGUCUGGGCGUAGCCAGCACAUCGUGUUUGACGGAGUUACAUCAGAAAGCUGUGAUGUGCGCUUCGGGGUCCCACAAGGGAGUUGCCUUGGUCCGCUUCUCUUAGUUAUGUACGCUUCAAAGCUUUUUGAGAUUGUUCAAGCACACCUCCCUGAUUCCCAUGGUUUUGCCGAUGAUACGCAACUAUACCAGUCAUUCAAUCCUAAUAAUCCCGCUCAUCAAACGGAGGCGGUGUCUGCCAUGGAGGGAUGUAUUAGUGACUUGAGGAAAUGGAUGUAUCAGGACAAGCUAAAGUUAAAUGACGAUAAAACUGAAUUUCUUAUCAUCGGAUCUAGACAACAGACUUUGAAAGUUAACCCUUGUACGAUUCGCGUUGGCAAUACCGAGAUCAAGCCAGUUUCGGAAGCGCGUAAUCUGGGCUCUUGGUUUGAUUCAAAUUUAUCCAUGUCCACCCAUAUUUCUAAGUCUUGUGGUGCUACAUUUUGCUGGCUACAUAAAAUCAAGCGCAUAAGUAAAUUCCUUGCAAAGGAUCAAUUAGAAAUGAUCUUGCAUGCCUUUGUUACAAGUAGAAUUGACUAUUGCAACGGACUUCUCUAUGGAUUGCCGGACUGUGACAUAGUUAAAUUACAGCGAGUUCAGAACGCUGCGGCCAGGCUGCUAACGUCUACUAGCAAGUACAGCCAUAUUACGCCUGUUUCACAGGAACUACACUGGUUGCCAGUUAGGUUUAGGAUUCAUUUUAAGAUUUUACUCUUAACUUUCAAAGCUCUUAACGGCUUGGCGCCAGAUUAUAUUAGGGAACUUAUUAAGAUAAGGAAACAUGAACGUUACUCGCUCCGUUCCAAUUCGGGGAUUAUCAUCUCACAUCCAGUGGGGAAGAUGUUAAAAUCAUUCGGAGACAGAUCUUUUAGUGUGGCUGCGCCAACACUCUGGAAUGCACUUCCUGUAAGCCUUCGGAGUAUCAGUUCUCUUUCAAUUUUUAAAUCCUCUCUGAAAACAUAUCUUUUUAAGCUAGCUUUUAGCCUCCAUUAAAUGUAUAUAUUUAAGAUUAUUAAUAGUUGCAUGUAUAAUAGAGUGUAUUGUAAUGCGCUUUUGAUCAUUGUAUGUAAAAAGCGCAAUAUAAAUUAUUAAAUUAUUAUUAUUAUUAUUAAAUUUCGAUGUAAAAGAAAACCGCAAUAAAAUGCAAAAGUUUGUGUCUUUCAGGACGCCAUUUUGCUAGCCUAUAGGGAAAUUUGAGAAGACGAAGUCCUAUUAAGUUACACAUCUGGUAUACACUUAAUCUGUGACACUUAAUCUGUGUAUUCGUACACGGUGUAUCAGAAAAGUGUACACAGUUGGAAAAGGUUCACUAAAGUCAGAUGCGCGCGGCACAUGCGAAAACUUUCGGUAAGCCUAAGUACUUUACCGUUCUCCGGUACAUAUAGCACUAAAAUUAUUUAAAAUGCUAGCGUUUUUAGAGUAGGAAAGCUGUUACUAAAAACCCCCCAAAAAAGGCCUUGCGCAUAAAUAUUUUUCACCGAAAACAAUAUUUAAUCACACAAAGUCAAAAUAUGGACUGUCUUGUACAAACUAUCAAAGUUCCAAGAAAUUUGGUGCACGCAUAGGCCAACGCGAGAUCUUCAAAACCUGGAUUUUCUCCCAUUUUGUUAGUUCAAAACGAGAUUUCUUUGCAUGAUAAUCUUCAGCGUACCCUUCAUUUCGUUCUACAUGGCCUCCUAUGUUGAAGAUUGAUUUUGUUUGUAGAUAAACAAUGCAUGUAAAUAAUUUUGUGAAAGGGCCUUUGGGAAUUGGCUUGCGAAUUUCGUACUGUAAUUUAUGCAAACAUCCGAGGAUGUAUAAAAUUAAUUUAAAAUCAUGCAAAGAAAUCGCGUUUGAACUAACAAAAUGGGAGAAAAUCCAGGUUUUGAAGAUCUCGCGUUGGACUACGCCCGCAUCAAAUUUCUUAAAACUUUGAUGGCUUGUGUAAGACAGUCCAUAUUUUGACUCUGUGUGAUUAAAUUUUGUUUCCCAUGAAAAAUAUUUUGGGGUUUAUUUAGUAACGGCUUUCCUAGUCUAAAAACGCUAGCAUUUUAAAUAAUUUUAGUGCUAGAUGUACCAGAGAACGUUUUAGUACAUAGGAUUACUGAACGUUUUCGCAAAUGUCGCACGCAUCUGACUUUAGUGAACUUUUUCUAACUGUGUACUUUCUUCUGAUACACCCUGACAGUGUAUGCAUAUAAUACAUAAGGUUGCAACUAUAUCUCAACUGACGAAUAUAGAACUUCGGCAAAACCCAAAAUACUCCGCACACGUAGAUAAAACAUGAUAAAAAAAUAUAGCACAUUAAAAUCUGAUAAUUUUUCUAUUUACUCACACAUAAAGUUUGUUUUCAUGACUGCAAGAAAGAUGAAAAAUAGGUACGCACUGCGUACAUGUGGCUAGCAGAAACUACUACAUUUCUAUAGCGACUGUCAUAAUAAUGAGAAUUUGUGAUAAAAUUCUACUAGUAUUUGUACUAUAUUACACUAUUAGUAGUUGUACUAUAUUACCAGUGCUAUUAUGCUUAUAUAUUAAAUAAUAAUGGAAUGCCGAUGCCUACGUCAACGUGUCAAACGGCAGGGGAAAUUUAGGGAAAAUUAGAACUUUACAAGAUAAUUUCACGUGAAGCAGUUCAACAAAUCCGCAUGGAUCACACAAUGAUCACGCGGUUUGUUACCAGUACCGAAUGUAUAAUGAAUAAUUAGCAAAUCACGACGCGGUAUUUAGGUCACUUGUACACCGCAUUAAAGAUCAGAAAGUCGUGUUAGAGAGAUGUUUAUGAAAGUUAACAAUACUAAUUCAGGUUUUAAUAGCACGCUAUUGAAGCGUGAGAUUGUCCCCAUGGGCAAAGAAUACUACCAAUAAAGUAAACAAAUAAAUUCAUCUUACAAGUACGUUAAAAUAUUCGCAACUGAUCUUUAUGGGCAUUUAACAAUGGGCCACUCAAUAUUAUCGACACUUUUUAUGUGCUGUAAAUAUUUAGCAAUAUCUGGGUUAACCAACCUUAUUCGAUCAGAUUGUAUGCCCAUACACUGUGUUUAUAACACAACUGUUGACAACAAGUACAUACAUAGUGUGGUCCUGUACUGUAGAUACAGAAUUGUGAAACACUGGAUGAACAAAACGCUCUGUUUGGGUUAGGGUCAGAUUGUUUGAGAAUGUUAUAUUUUCAUUAAAUGACUUCCUAUAAGAUCUUUGUUUAGCUAACCUUUUUUCUCUUGUCUCUGAUGAUUCAUUCUUUCUAUUAGCUCUUUGUCUAGCUAACCUUUUUUCUCUUGCUUCUGAAGAUUCAUUCUUUCUAUAGGACCUUUUUCGAGUCAACCGUUUUUGUGUUUGCUCUGAAGACUCAUUCUUUCUUUGAGCUCUUUUCAACUCACAGGUUUUAGCAAGCCUGCUUUCCCUUUAUUGAGGCAACUCGUUUUAUCUGAUCACUUUUCUAGAAUUUAUCUUCCCAAUACAUUCCUUUUCUUUUAAGUAAGACUUCAAUUUAUCUUGAUAAAUUACCCUUUAACAAUUUAUAUGCUGCUUUGAUAAUUCAGGGAAGACAAGUUCCUAUUUGACAAUUCAAGUCUUUUAUUGCAUUUAACACUAAAAUGGUUUCAAAACAUUGCCAUGAGUAGAUGAUGUAAGCUGAAAGUAGUGAACAAGAUUUUGAACUCCCUCAACUGAAGCUAAAACACAAUAACCAGAUGCACAUGCCAUCCCAUGAAGAUCGCGUGAGUGAGAAUCUAUUAAAUAUUUUAUAUACAUCUGGGAAAGGCAUAAAAAUUGCUACAGUGUUUAUGCCAAUUGUUAAUAAACAACGUUUAUAAUUUGAAGUAAAAAUAAUUCAUUAAAAGCAUGUUCGAGUAUCAUAAGGUUCACUAUUAGCCGUAAUGAACUUUCUAGCUCACAAACAACCCGAAAACCUCUAAAAUAUUUGUGUAAAAACAGGGGGUGCAGGACUUUGUUUAAUGCUUAGGAUCGCAGUUGGUCAGUGGCAAUUACUACUUCAUGCCGAGCAGUCCUCCAGGAAUAUAGUAUAGCUCAGUGCGUGAACCUCACGUGAUAUGCCUGAUCUAUAACGAUCAGUGCAAGCUCACUGGCUUCGUUUAACACCUUUAUACGCUUUAUCAGGGGAGUCUGAUCAAAAUAUCUUUGACAAGAACAGACCAAAUUAGCGUUAUAAUAUAAACUAUUAAAAAGGAAAAUGAAUGAACAAAUAAAUGAAUGCAUGAUAUGUUUGUAAUUUAUGAGCACUGAGCAGAGUAUGAGGCCCACAAUUUCCGAAGAAAACCGAAAUAACCGAUCGUCAAACUGUUGGGCCUCACACUUCUGGCCAAAUUUCCGAUGCAGCUGAUAUAAACACUACCUAUACCAUAAAUUGUGACAGGAGAGUAUAAAUUUAGAGCAACGUUUACUUAAUAAUCUAAUGUCAACGAAAUUUAAACCUUUAGUCCAGUUUUAAAGACAUCAACCGUAGGUCCACACUAUACACAGCAAACAUUAUAUUUAUCAUGAAUACCGACAGUAAAAGGUCAAGUACGAUGUAUAGAUAGAUAGAUCAACUUUAUUUAGGCACACUAAUCUCAAUCAACAUUGCUGAUUUCCAUGAGAGGUGUGCUGGCUAAUUGUUACAAUUUUAAAACUAAUUUACUAAUACAUACAAACUAUUAUUAUAUAAAUGCUAUUAAAUAUUCACUUAACUAAACUACUUGAUUUAAUAAUUGAGAGGCCGAGGGCGAGGAGAAAAGGUUUUUACAAAACGAGUUGUAAGAUAUCGAAUUUCGAGUAUAGGCCUACAAACACUAACAGUACAAGUCGUAUGGCCUUCGUUCGAAACGUCAAAGUUCUCGAUCCAUUUUUACACCUAGAACUAUAUAGAUGAAAUCGCUUUGUUCCUUUGGUCUAUUCCUUCUUGCUUUCUGAUAAAUUUUGUAUUUUAAAAGCUCUAUAGUAUUUUUGUAUAUUUUCGGCUAAAAAGCAGAGGUGAAGCGGGGAAAACACAGGAAGAGUAAGGCAGUGCCACGGACCACAAUGCAAUUUUGCGUCACAAUGCACGCGCAUUAGCCAAUCAAAUUGUCUUCUAUAUCCCACGCCACAAUUGACAUUGUUAUUGUUAUGUUAAAGUUACAGUACGUCGCACAUACAAUGACGUAUUCUGAUUAGCAUUAUUAAUAUGUUAAAGUGACAGGAAGUACGUCACAUCAGACAGUGACGUAUUUUGAUUGACAUUCGAACAGUGUUGACAAUAUAAAUAUAUUAACCCCCGCUCGGCGCUUGCGAACAUCUGUGAUUUCGUGUUGUAUAAUAUAUCCUUUAUAUUGUGUUGUUUGUCUUGAGUUUCUGUUAUUUACUGGCGUGGUGGCAGCGGUCCAUUACUGAGAAUUUCAAUAUAGUUCUCAAAGAGCUCCGAUAAAGUGGAAUAGCUCAACAAAUACAAUCAAAGUCGAUAAGAAAUUACUCUCAGACACCAAGUCGAAGACGAAGCAGCUUGCAUCUGUAGCUGUUAAUACGACACGUAUUACGAACUCAACAUCUAUGAGGACAAUUUGGCAAGCAAUUCGUGCACAUUAUGGCUUUCAGUCCACCGGGGCACAUUUUCUCGAUUUUAAUAACAUUCGUUUAGAACCUGAUGAGCGCCCCGAGGACUUAUAUCAGCGACUUCUGAGUUUUAUCGAUGACAAUUUACUCACAGCUAAUGGUAAUAUCCGACAUCACGGCGAAGACGUUUCCACGGACGAAGAAUUAACACCCUCGCUUGAAAACAUAAUUGUACUGACAUGGUUGCGUUUAAUUCAUGCAGAUUUGCCCACUUUAGUUAAGCAACGUUACGGGACAGAACUCCGAUCACAGACACUAGCCAGCCUCAAUCCCGAAAUAUCUCAAGCUUUAGACGCCCUCCUCGACGAAAUCCAUUCUUCAAAUGAGGCUAAAGUUCUAAGCACAGCCUUUCGACGAUCCUCACAACAGCGUGACAAUCGUAGUGCGUCUUCCCAGCCCAGUAACAACAAGGGAGGGGCAACCAAGUGCUGCCUCAUAUGUAAACAAGCGAAAAGAUCGCAGUUCCAACACCACUUAAGUAAGUGCCCAUUUCUUCCUAACGAAGACCGUCAAUAUUUAACUCGCACACGACAAGUCAUUGUUGAUCAACAUGAAGAGCCAGAACCAGAUGACUACUCCUGUUUCAAGAACAAUCGGGUCAAGUCUACCGCCUACCGAGUUAGCACAAAACAAUCCCCGCACUUGAAAGUAUUCCACAACCACCAUGCGGUACAACUCACUCUUGAUACUGGCGCCGAAACCAGUAUGAUUAAGUCAUCUAUUGCCCAACAAAAUUGGCGCCACUAUCCAAAAAACCAAACAAACAGCUCUACAGGCUGACGGAAUUACUCCACUAAGCGUUGUUGGUGAAGUCCAUCUGGAUUUAUCACGUAACUCCCGCACCCUCCAUCUUGAUGCCCUGGUCGUAAACAAUUUAGACGUUGACGUUUAGGCGGGAACCCCCUUUAUGGUGACCAAUAACAUUUCCAUUAGACCCUCGAAGCAACAAAUUACAAUCAAGGGUACAGACGUCACCCACUACAAUACACAUUUUCCCAAUCGGAAGGAACACCUUGUUAGACGUACCCAGGCAAACGUUCUUCGAGCUCCACCAACUCCUACAGUGAUCUGGUCCGGUGAAUACCUAGAGAUUCCCAUUCCUCGUGAAAUUGACCCAGAUAGCACCCUUGCCGUGGAGCCACGCCCAGAUUGCUCUAAAUCCGUGAGUGAUUGGCCACGCCCACAUAUUCUCGAAGCUGUCGCAGGACGAGUCCGCAUACUGAAUGAUACAUCAAUAGUUAAGAACAUAUCCCGUCAUGAACAUUUUUGCCAAGUUCGUUUCACCCAGACUCUAGACCCCGAGGAGAACACACUCCCCUUCCCUCAGCAUCCUGUGCCACAUGUCACCCCUAAACCUCUUGCAUCCUCACAUUCUUCUUGUGUAACCGUGAAUCCCGACAACAUUCUUCCACCUACCACCCGUCAAAGCUUCCGCAGCCUGUUAGAAGCCCAUGAUGACGUAUUCGACCCCACCAUCACCGGGUACAAUGGCGCAGUUGGUCCAUUCGAAGCUGUGGUUAACUCUUUCUCAGCUGGCCCCUAUAAACGUAGAACGUGCACGGUCUACGGCUUCGCCGAUUCAUAUCUUCGGUUUGGUGCAUGCUAUGCAGACGAAAAUACCACUGUUAGAUCCGCCGUUUCAAAAUCUCCUAUCAGAGCUAGUUUUACUUGUUUACAAUGCGACUGAAGCGAUUUAUCAUCUUUUAAAUCCGUAAGAUAUGUAUUUUUUAUAAAAACGUAUCAGAUGUUGAUCACAACAAACAUGUCUUGAACUUUGUUGGGCUAUAUCUUCGCUCGAUUGAAAGCUAUUGAGACAGCAAUACCACCAUUAGAAUCCUUGUAUUGAAAUCUCGUUACAUCCCAAUUUUCAUAAGAUUACGAAACACAAUUGAUUCCGCGAAUGAGAAAGCGGUUGCAAGGAGAAGAACGAAGGUAGGAGGUGCAUUUGAACGGGUAGAUGUAGACCAGCCCUAUGCAUUUUAUAGAUAUAAUCAGUACAUGAAUGCAGUAGAUAGGUCAGAUCAAAUACUUGCAUGCCAUAAUGUAUACCGUAAGUGUUAUAGAUGGUGGAAGACUUUGUUCUACCACUUAGUAGAUAUGGCAGUUGUUAACGGUUUUCUUCUUUUUCAGAAGCAUCGUGCAACUGACCUGGGUAAUCCGGCUUUGCAUCGUAUAUCUACAUAUAGUAUAGUUAAUUUUAGGGAGGAGAUCGUUAGACAGAUUUGUGGGUUGGAAGAGUAUGAUAGACCUCCUGUGUAUGAGGCAGUGCAGGCUGUUCCUCGUCAUGAUCUGUUCUGUACUGUCCAUAUCCCUAAGACGGCUGAGAGUAGGAAGCAUUGUGUUGUUCGUUACGGGAAAGGUUUGGGGCAGAGGCAUAUCACCACUUAUUGUAGUGCUCCGCAGUGCAAUAAUAAACAUAUGCAUGUUGGUGCUGGGUAUGAUUGUUUUGAGGUAUGGCAUAGUAGUGAUUAUACUGGUAAGAGAACAUGAUCACGAGUAUUUCUGCUUUUGCUUGUUUAGGUAGUAUGCUCACGAUUAUGUCCAACAUCAAAUUUGUCAAACGAAUGAAAAUUUGUAUCAUAUUUCCCAUUAUGAUUACAGUUCAAUGUUUGACAUACAUUUCAUUUUUUAAUAACAUUUUAUUUACUAUUUGUGUUACAUUCAUGUACAUAUUAAAUGUAAUUGUUUGCUUUAUUAUUAAAAAUUGAAAGAAGAUGUGUGUUGUGGGUGAAUUUGUAAUAUCAUGCGAAGUAGCAUUUCAAGCAGCGUCAUUCAAAAACCUGUGCGUGCCUGUGCAAACUGUCUCUUUUCCCCAAUCAAUUGGAAAAUUGUCCCUUGAACUGGCAGAACAUAAAGGUGUCAGCUACUCUAAAAAUUAUAUUGUUGUACACAUUUUUUGUUUUUCAUGGUGGUCGAAUUUCCCAAAUUGAGUUGCCUAGUUGCUUAGAACCUUCAUUUCGACCAAUGAUAGCGAGGAUCUCACUCAAGAAAAUAAGUAGGGCAGGUUAAAUUCCAAAAGGCCACUACUACCACUAUGUAAAUAUAUAUUUAUAUGAGGCUCUGGCAUGGUUACAAGAUCAGAGACAUGCCAAUGGAAUCAAAGGUAAGAUUCUGCUAUUUCUGAAGGGCGAAUUUCCAAAAAUAAAAAAAUAUAUUUCCUGUUGGUCAAUUAUUAUGAAACUUGGCUCACAUAUACCAUAUAACCUAAGCUAACUUUUCAUAAAUAUAAUGCGUUGGAAAAUAUGCGUUAUUUCAUCGCAAUGAGGCUAAAUUAACAUAUAAUUGCUACAUUUUUGCAUAAUUUAUGCCAAUUUAUGCAGUUUUUGGUCAGGUGACACAUUUCAAAUAAAAAUCAACCAUCACUCAUCGAUAGCAGAACUCAUAAGCUUUCAAACAAUGUAUCGUGCUCUGUGAAAGGUCAAAUACUCGCGGAGAAAUUUGCACGGAAAUGAAUUGCACUAAUUUGUCACGUGAAAUAGCCAGCUGAGAAAGAUGACGUAUUCGACCCCACCAUCACCGGGUACAAUGGCGCAGUUGGUCCAUUCGAAGCUGUGGUUAACAUGGGUCCGGUCCAACCCCCUCAACGAAAGGGUCGUGUUCCACAGUAUGCCUAUAAUAAAUUAGUAGAAUUGCAACAGAAAUUCGAGGAACUUGAAGCUCAAGGAGUAUUUAAACGGCCCGAGGACAUUGGAAUAACAGUAGAGCAUCUAAAUCCCUCGUUCCUUGUUACCAAACCAACCGGUCGACAUCGUUUGGUCACAGCUUUUGCCGACGUUGGGCGUCAUAGCAAGCCUCAGCCAUCUUUGCUACCCGAUGUCGACACCACACUACGCACUAUUCCUCAGUGGAAGUACAUCAUAGUAACUGAUUUAACAAGUGCAUUCUACCAAAUACCGCUGUCGAAAAGCUCGAUGAAAUAUUGCGGCGUCGCCACACCGUUUCGUGGUAUACGAGCCUAUACACGCUGCGCGAUGGGAAUGCCCGGAUCGGAAACCGCCCUAGAGAAGCUAAUUGGUCGUGUACUGGAAGAUUGUCUGCAGGACGGUAACGCAGCCAAACUUGCCGACGAUCUCUACUGUGGAGCUGACUCACCCGAAGCCCUUCUCGAGAAUUGGCGUCGCAUCGUACAAGCUCUUCAGAAAUGCAAUCUCCAUCUUUCUCCUUCAAAGACCAUUAUCUGCCCCCACUCGACUACCAUACUUGGAUGGAUAUGGACAGAAGGGCGUCUAUCUGCCAGCCCACAUCGCAUUGCCACGUUGUCAUCGUGCCCCCCACCUGACACUGUUCGUGGUUUACGUUCAUUUAUUGGCGCAUAUAAAGUCCUGGGCAGAGUGUUACCCAAGUGUUCACACAUCAUAGCCCCACUGGACAGCGCCAUUGCAGGUCAACAGUCAGGCGAGCGCAUACUGUGGACAGAUACGUUACGCGAACAGUUCCGCUCUGCACAAACUAACCUCACUACACGGAAAUCCAUCACUCUACCACGACCAUCUGAUCAACUUUGGAUCGUUACUGACGGAUCAGUUACCAAACACGGUAUCGGGGCCACCCUAUACAUCACCCGCAACGAGAAGCUUCAUCUCGCUGGCUUCUUUAGCGCAAAACUACGAAAACAUCAAGUCUCCUGGUUACCCUGCGAAAUUGAAGCACUUAGUAUCGCUGCCGCAGUUAAGCACUUCAGCCCGUUCAUUAUCCAAUCCACCCACCAAGCAUGUCUAUUAACGGACAGUAAACCGUGUGUUCAGGGUUUUGAAAAAUUAUGUCGCGGCGAGUUUUCGGCGAGCCCUCGAGUUACUUCCUUCUUAUUAAUCGUCAGUAGGUACCAGGUCAACGUUCGUCAUCUAGCGGGUACUGCCAAUGUUCCAUCAGACUUUGCCAGUCGCAAUGCCCCAGAAUGCAAUGAGCCAAGAUGCCAGAUUUGCAACUUCGUCGCCCUCACGGAAGAUUCCGUGGUCCGGUCCACAUCUGUUCAAGAUAUCCGCGGGUUAUCUGGUCUCCCAUUCACUACUCGCUCAGCCUGGAUUCAAAUCCAGUCAGAAUGCCCGGAACUCCGACGUACUCAUGCCCAUCUUAAGCAAGGUACCCGUCCGUCUAAAAAGAUUACCAACAUCAAAGACGUAAAACGAUACCUUAACGUCGCUACCAUCGCGAAAGACGGUCUAUUAGUCGUACACCGUCAAACUCCUCUCUCCCCGUCCAACGAUCUGAUUAUCGUUCCUCGCACUGUUCUAGACGGACUUGUGACAGCUUUGCACAUAAAACUAGACCACCCUUCGAAGCAUCAACUACAACUAGUCAUGAAACGCCAGUUCUAUGCUCUCGACAUGCCUCAAGUAAUCGACCACGUCUGUGAAACAUGUCAUACAUGCGCAUCAUUACGCAAGCUCCCCGAGACUUUGACGAAACACACCUCGGAAAACCCACCAGACAUAGUUGGCGUAUCAUUUGCAGCUGACGUUCUCAGGCGAUGCAAGCAAGUCAUUCUGGUAUUGCGUGAGACUACAACAUCAUACACAUCAGCAAGCAUUAUACCUGAUGAAAAGAGCGCGACACUCCGUGACAAUUUAGCACGCUUAUGCGUUGGAUUACGACCACUAAGUGGACCACCCGUUACGGUUAGAGUUGAUCCCGCCCCAGGCUUUGUCUCUUUGAAAGACGACGGUAUACUCCAACAGCUUGGCAUAUCCAUAGAGAUCGGUCGCAUCAAAAACAGCAACAAGAACCCCGUAGCUGAAAAGGCAAUUGCGGAAUUAGAAGGUGAACUUAUUCGGCAAGUUCCUAACGGCGGACCAGUUACAGAACUCGGCCUGGCCAUUACUGUUUCACGACUCAACGCACGCCUGCGCAGAGAAGGUAUAUCUGCCCACGAACUAUGGACACAAAGAAACCAAUUUACUCAUGAGCAACUUCCAUUGGAAGACAGGGACAUUAUCAUCAACCAACACAAGACCAGUCAAAGGAACCAUCCAUACAGCGAAAGGUCGAAGAACACCAAAACGGUUGGCAAAAGUACUUCACAAAUACAUGUCGGAGAUCUCAUAUAUUUACCCGCUGAACACGACAAGACUCAGCCACGAAACCGCUACUUGGUUGUGUCUGUUGAUAAGCCAUGGUGCUUUGUCAGAAAGUUUUCUGGUAACCAACUACGAGCUUUGGCUUACAAAGUAAGAAUCAGUGAAUGUCACCUGAUCCCAAGUCAGAUACCAAAAGUCCCACCUAGCCGUACAACUGACACAGAUAGCGAAGACGACGUUCAAGGUUCCAACUCACCUUUCCAGCCAACAAACAUACCACCAGUAUUAACUCUCCCAGGUUCACAGCUAUUUCCACACGCAACAUCAUCGCAAGGCUGUUCACCCGCUGCUGAUUCUGAUCUCAACUCUAAUACCAGACUUCCACGUGACCGGAAUCCACCAAAGUACUUUGAAUAUGAGACUUGGUAACGUAAUGGUUAAAACGAAGGCGAAGAAGAAGAAAAAGGCCACGCCACAAUUGACAUUGUUAUUGUUAUUGUUAUUGUUAUUGUUAUGUUAAAGUUACAGUACGUCACACAUACAAUGACGUAUUCUGAUUAGCAUUAUUAAUAUGUUAAAGUUACAGGAAGUACGUCACAUCAGACAGUGACGUAUUUUGAUUGACAUUCGAACAGUGUUGACAAUAUAAAUAUAUUAAGCCCCGCUCGGCGCUUGCGAACAUCUGUGAUUUCGUGUUGUAUAAUAUAUCCUUUAUAUUGUGUUAUUCGUCUUGAGUUUUCUCUUAUUUACUGG